AUGGAUGCUGAUCAUUAUAGGGACAGGGAUUCUAAAAGGAGAAGCCGAUGUGGAAGUAGGGAGAGGUAUGACCGUGAUCAGUACCGUGGUAGAGACAAAGAUUACCGUCAUCGGAGCAGAAGCCGCAGCCCUGAUUACCACAAAGGUUGUGGGAGAAGUAAAUAUGACGAGAAGCGCAGCCGAAGUCGGUCUCAUGGAAGUGCCUCCCCUGCUCGCCGAAGCCCCUCCCCUGCUCGUCGUAGCCCCUCCCCCGCUCGCCAUAGCCCCUCCCCCGCUCGCCAUAGCCCCGUUCCUCGAAGGAUCCCCUCUCCACGUAGAACAACCCCUUCUAGAGAUGCUAGUCCAAAUGGACGUAAUCACAAGGGUCAGUCUCCUACUCCAAAGAGUAUCUCACCGCGGGGUAGACAUGCUGAUUCUCAUAGCCCAUUGCCGCAUUCUGAUGCUGAUGAUUAAGAAGCAAGGGAGGAAGCCACGGUUGUAAUCUGGCUUUGGUUGAUGCUGCGUUUCAGGACAUUCCCAAAUGAAUGAUCCUUUCAUCUGUAUUCUGCUUGCUAGAACUGAUUGGUCUGAC